AUGUCAAAAGCAACGGCAAACGGCACCUCGUACGGACAUCCUUCAAGACCAGAGCGUCCAUACGAUCCACUCUAUAACCGCUCUCCGGUCUCAUCCCCAACUCCAAGCGUUCCUCCUCGCUCCAACGUCCCUCCUUCAGUAUUGUACAGGUCACCUUCCCCCAUGUCUGCAAACUUGGAACUCCCUCCAAGGACAAGUUCGCAAAGUGCUUGGGACUCGCUCGAUGCAGCUGUUUUUCCUCCUCCAUCCGGAGACAUCACACCUCCAUCACCCAGUCUUGUUCGUCCUCCAAAAAAGGCGACGCGGGGCGUUGCAUUCGCUUCGGAUGCAACACGAUCAAGUUCAAAUGACGUUGAACUCUCUCCUGUUUUGGCACCACAGCCGCGCUCUAUUAUGGCUCGGACGGAUACAUCAGAUACCCUUUUGCCGCUCUCGUCGCCGGCCCCGCACAUGGAGCGACGGGCACCAACCGCCAAUGCUUACGGGACGCUUGUCGGACCACGGAGGAGAAAGACUGUCAAGCUUCCAUCGACGGGAAAUUUUGUCAUUAGAGAGCAGCUGCCAGAAUCGCUUUUAAAGAAUGUUGCGUUUAGCAAAGGGGACGAAUUUGAAAAGAUAAAGUAUACCGCCGCAACGACCGAUCCGGAUGACUUUGUUAAAGCAGGAUAUACCCUGCGAGCUGCCGAGUACCGUCGCGAAACGGAGAUUGCGAUUGUAGUCACCAUGUACAAUGAGGGAAUCAACGAGUUGAACAGAACAUUGUUUGGCAUCUUUCAAAACAUACAGUACAUUUGCCAAAAGCGCAAAUGGGGCUGGGAUGUUGACGGAUGGAAAAAGAUUGUCGUCGUGCUAGUCGCGGACGGCCGAAAAAAGUGCAACCUCAACGUUCUCCUCGCUCUUCAAACCAUGGGAGUGUAUCAAGAAGGCCUGCCCCAGUUUGCAGUAAACAAUACCCCAACCACAGCCCACAUUUUUGAAUCCACCGCCCAACUUGUCCUCGACCCCGCUCUUCAAAUUUGGACCACAUCGAACGGCAUCCCCCCUGUCCAAUUCAUAUUCUGCAUGAAGGAACGCAAUGCCAAAAAGAUUAAUUCGCAUCGAUGGUUCUUUAAUGCUUUUUGCCCAAUUUUGAAACCAAAGGUCUGUCUUUUGGUUGACGUUGGGACGAGGCCGAUGGCAGGGAGCAUUUAUAGGCUUUGGAAGGCCUUUGAGAGAAACCCUCUUAUUGCCGGUGCGUGUGGGGAGAUCAAGGUUGGCAUGACAUGGCGAGGCGUGUUGAAUCCGUUGGUAGCGAGUCAAAACUUUGAGUACAAAAUCAGUAAUCAUUUGGAUAAAGCCCUCGAAUCUGUCUUUGGUUACAUUGGUGUACUCCCUGGUGCAUUUUCUGCCUACCGCUACACGGCUCUUCUCGACAACAUGCCAAAUCGCGGUCCGCUUGCCUCGUAUUUCAAAGGCGAACGUCGAGAAGACCAAACCUCGAGCACCAAUUCCCCAACAGAGAUCUUUAGCGCAAAUUUGUAUCUGGCCGAAGACCGUAUUCUCGCAUUGGAACUCGUUGCUAAACCUUUGAGCAAAUGGACGUUGCACUAUGUUUCCAAAGCUGCGGCAGAAACCGAUGUCCCCGAUAGUGUGCCAGAGUUUAUUGCCCAACGACGACGGUGGUUAAAUGGAAGUUUCUUUGCGCAGGUGUAUGCUAUUAUGAAUAUUGGCCGUACCUUGACUACUCGGCACUCUAUUGGGAGGAAACUGGCGUUUAUGGUUCAAGCAUUCUACUCACUUGUCUCACUCCUAUUCAACUGGUUCGGUCCAUCCCAGUUUGCCAUCAUUUUUUACUUUCUCUUUUCCUCGGAACUCAAGUCGAUUGUCCCCGAACGCGUCGCUCAAGCUUUUUUCCUUGUCUACCCUGUCCUUCUCGCGGUCCUCUUUAUCGCCUCAUUGGGCAACAGACCACAAGCUUCGAAAGGGAUUUACAAAGCUUCUAUGGUCUUUUUCGCGUUCAUUGGAUUGGUUAUGCUUGCGUUACUUGGAUACAAGAUUUUUAAUUUGGCAAAAGCGAAAAGCGGACUGGGUGGGGCUUUUGAGAUUGGGAGUGGAAUGAGCUACAUUAUUGGUCUCUCGGCGACUUAUGGUGUCUACCUCCUCGGCUCUGUCUUGCAAGGCGAUCCUUGGCACAUGUUUACAAGCCUCUUCCAAUACCUACUCCUCCUCCCCUCCUACAUCAACGUCCUCCAAAUUUACGCUCUCUGCAAUAUCCACGACGUGUCCUGGGGUACCAAGGGGGAUAACGCUUCCAACGAUUUACCAAAGGUGGCUGUGGGUGUAAAUAAAGACGGGAGUGUCGUGGCUGAUGUUGAGGUUUUGAGUGGGGGGGAUGUGGAUGGGGUUUGGCGGGGUGGUAUGGAUCGUGUGCGAGAGUUGGGUGCUGGUCGGGUGGUUGAGGUACCCAGUGCUGUGGAUCCUAGGGUGAAACAAGAAGAUGAUUACAAGAGUUUUAGAACAAACCUCCUUCUCUGGUGGCUAGCAACCAACGCAAUAGUCUUUGGCGUCGUAACCCAAACCAAAGCCUCCAUAGCCGACACAUACCUCGUCUCCCUCCUCUACGCAAGCGCAGGCCUAAGCGCCAUCCGUCUGAUCGGAGUCAUAUUUUAUCAAACGAUAUCCUUUUUCGUAACAAUCUGCAAAUGCGGAGAUCGUCGAAAGAAAAAUCAAAUUAACAAGAAAAUUAGGCAGGAACCUCCUCGUGCUGGGCCUGGACAAACUGUUAUUGGGAAUGGGUAUAAUGGGUUUAUGGUUGUGGAUGAUAUUGAGGUUGGGAAUCGGGCUAGGUUGUUUAUGGAUGCAUAG